AUGUCAGGAACCUUCUCCUGUUGUCGGACAGUGGCUGAUUACACAGCCGAAAGUUCAAACCUGGAGGUGGAGGCUGAGGGGUUAGAGAAGAGUCUGAAGGAGAAGAAUCGGAUUUGCGAAGCUGCCCGAAAUCGCUCCCUCGAGCUGACUAAGAAGCUGCAAGUGCUGGCCGAAGAACGUCAAAAGGGCCUCAUUGAAUUGCAAAUGCGUCAACAUGCCACCCGAUACUGGGAACAGUUGAGCGCGGGUCGCUAUCGUCGACUCUGUCCAACUGCCCAGGCGGCGAAGAGUGAGCGCGAGCGUCAGCUGGGACGAAUGCGUUCCAUGCUGGCAGUGGUGGACAGGCUCACUUCCGAUUUCCCAGCCGUAUGUGUUGGCUAUUUUGUCGUUCAGUUCAGUUUUAUCAAGAAGGAGAAGAUAGGCAAACGCCUAUGA